CCUAUGUAUGCUACACACUGACACAUUCAUUCUAUUCUCUGUUGCAGGUGAUGGCUGUUAGUGUAGUCAAGUGUUGGGUGUCGCUGGUGUGUUGCUGCCUACUGUUGGCGCACCUCAACACUGCAGUCCCAACACCACCAGACUAUGAUGGGUGACGCACUCUUCGACCACGACUUGGUACGUAAGGACAGUCGCAUCCCAGCUCUCAGACUCCGCUUCGGCAAGCGCGACUCCUAUGGACAGGAAGAAGACAUGGCCAGCCAGGAGCAGUAAGAGUCUGCCUGCCACCACCCCAGCAACACUCAAACCUUGAUGUUCCUCUUCUUACCUCAUCGGCGGUCAUCCUCUGCUGAUAACGCAAGGACAACAUGCGUGACUUUAUCUCUCUCUAACUGAAAUUUAAUGUAAAUUAUCCCACUCUUGAAACUACCCCUAAAUCCUCCCAUGGAUUAUAAUUUGGCUACUACAGUCAGCUUUCAUCAGGAUGUAUCUGUAGCGAUUGAAUUUAAUAAAUAAUAAUAAUAAUAAUAAUAAUAAUAAUAAUAAUAAUAAUAAUAAUAAUAAUAAUAAUAAUAAUAAUAAUAAUAAUAAUAAUAACAGUAAUAGAAUUAGUAAUACGAAAGGUGUGAUUCCAGGCUAUGUAUUGUCACCAGUCUGGUGUGUGUGUGUGUCACCAAGUCGCAAUUUAGAGCAAGUGACCUCGGACUCACCCUAACAAUGUCACAGCCAUCACCAGCCCACAUUACUGCCUCACCACUCUGCUAAUCACCCAAAAAAAAAAAACAUUAUUUCGAAUAAACCAGAACACCUGAGUGUAAUAAGUCUAUUUAACAGAACUGGGAGCACGUAGAACGUAGUACACGUGGUGGUCAAUAUUGGUGAGUUGCUGGUUGUUAUGUUUAGCCUGGUGCUACCCCCCACCACCCCGCCCAGCUAGCCUCAGCUCCUGGUUCGCCCCGAGGCUAGCGAGUGAGGCUCCCAUAUAUGGUGUCACAUCUGCAUUCCAUUAUAAAUAUAGCAUGUGUAUAGUAAGUCCUCUUAUUACGAGUGAUGUUGUAAUAGCCUAGCUCAUUCUUAAAAAAACACUAAGUUUUUCUCAAAUGUUUAGGUAAAGCUGCAUAAAAUCAGAGGCUGGGGUAAAAAAAAAUCGACUUGGUAGGCUGUUAAAACCAUUACAAAAAUAAGUAAUAACUAAUAAUAAAGUUGAGAGAAUUACAAAAGAAGUUGUGAGAAGAGAGUGAUUAUUACAUUGGCGCAGGAAAUAUGAUGGUCUUUGUGGCACAUGUUGUUGCGUUCGCUACACAGUGUGGCUCUAAAAAACCAAUACAAUUACUAAAUAAACAUUGAUCUCUGACAAAACGAGAGGGUCCAAUUAGUCCACCAGAAAGCCGCGUUAACCACAGCUGGCUUUUAUGGUCAAGAUCCAUGAUGGUGCGAGGCAGACAAGACGUAAAUCUAGAACACUCUGCUGCUAUUUACAUUAAACACAACUGGUCAGUGUUUCACUUCCAAGAGCUAAAAAAAACACUGAGGUAAACUGUUUACAUUUGUGUUGCAUUUGUGAUAGGUGUUGAAAGAAAAUGUAAGCGCAUUAAAAUGUCUGAGAUUAACACAAUGGUGAUGUCGACCAAAGUUUCUAGUGCAGUACACCAUAAUUACAUUUAUGUAUAUCUAGAAAUAAAUAAAUU